AUGAAAUUCUUUGCUUCGUUAUUGUUGAUUAUCACUAUAACCGAAGCUGCACCUUCUCGAUCAUCUCAAUAUGAUGCACGGCCAGGCGGCAACAUGCCGUGUUACCUUGGCUGUUGGACACCUUGCGAACGAAUCCAAUGUCUUAAUGGUGGCUAUUGUAUUCAACCUGCGUCACAAACAAGUUUAGCUUAUUGCCAUUGCCCUUCACAAUUUACGGGAUAUCGCUGCGAACAAGCAGCUGCUGUGGUAGUUGAUCCAUGUUCAAACUAUCAAUGUAAUCAUGGAACUUGUAACAAAGAUCGUAGCAAUCAACCUUAUUGUUCAUGUUAUGAAGGUUAUGGUGGCUCGCGUUGUGAAACUCAAAUUGGUAUGUUAAAAAACCUAGAAACGAUUGAAUAUGAUUAAUCGAAGUCGAGAAGUAUUAAUACAGUAGUCAUUUUUCUUCGGCUGGUUCAAAGGUGAUGCAAGAAUAACUAACGAUCGAAUUCCAUUAGUGAAUAGAAUAAAGAAUGAAGAGAAGAAAAUUAGGAUACAUUCUUGACUGGCAUAUAU